AGGUGCAGGCAGGAAGUCGGGAGGUGACGGAGUGAUGGCAGCUGUACAGAGCGACCGGGACAGGAUGGCGAGUCCCGGACGAUGCCUCCCGUCCUGUGCCGCGCUUCUAGCCUUCAUAGCGGUAUUCGGCGCGGUGCUCCCGGCGCACGUAAAGAAGGCGAUGGAGGAAAGCCCGGAGACGUACAGCCAUUACUACGAUCACAAGGAGCUGAGCGAGCGGCUGCACUCCCUGGCACAGGCGUACCCGGAGCUGUGCCGGCUCUCCAGCCUGGGCAUGUCGGUGGAGGGCCGGGAGCUGUGGGUGAUGAGGGUGACCACUGACCCUGACACGGCAUCCCCGGAGCGGCCGCAGUUUAAGUACGUGGGGAACAUGCACGGGGACGAGACGGUGUCCCGCCAGGUGCUGGUCUACCUCCUCCAGUACCUGCUGGAGAACUACGGCCGGGAGCCGCGGGUCACUGCCCUGCUCAACACCACCGACAUCUACAUCGUGCCCAGCCUCAACCCAGACGGCUUCCAGAGGGCGCAGGAGGGCGACUGCCAGGGGGCGAAGGGCGGCCGGGAGAAUGCCAGGCAGCUGGACCUAAACCGCAACUUCCCAGACCAGUUCACCAAUCAGCAGCUGCCUGACCCUCAGCAGGUGCCCGAGGUGGUGGCCAUGGUGAAGUGGAUCCGAGAGAACAGAUUUGUACUUUCUGGAAACCUUCACGGUGGCUCAGUUGUGGCCAGUUAUCCUUAUGAUGACUCCAGCAGUCACAUGGAAACAGGAUUCUACAGCAAGUCUUCAGAUGACCAAGUUUUCCAGUACCUGGCCAAGGCUUAUGCAUCUAACCACCCCAUAAUGAAGACUGGGCACCCAAGGUGCAAGGGUGAAGAAGAUGAGUUUUUUCCAGAUGGGAUUACCAAUGGGGCACACUGGUAUGAUGUUCAAGGUGGGAUGCAGGAUUACAAUUAUGUAUGGGGGAACUGCCUGGAAGUCACGUUUGAACUGUCCUGCUGCAAGUACCCACCGGCUUCCGAACUGGCGCAAGAAUGGGACAAUAAUAGAGAGUCGCUUCUGAAGUUCAUGGAAAUGGUCCACAUUGGAGCCAAAGGCUUUGUAAAAGACUCUGUUACUCAGAAAGGCAUUGAGAACGUGACUAUAUCUGUAUCAGAGAUUAACCAUAACAUCACCACUGGCAAGCUGGGAAACUUUCAGAGAUUGCUAGCUCCGGGGACCUACAACAUAACUGCUUCAGUUACUGGAUACCUGCCACUAACCAUUACUCAGGUGGAAGUAAAAGAAGGAGCAGCUACCGUGCUUGAUUUCCAGCUCAAUCCUACAGUAUCAGUUGUAGCAGAUGAUGGCCUGGGCACUACUAGUGCUCCACUACCCACCGCUGAGCAUCCAGGAUCUGCGAAACCUGAGAACAUCCCUCCAGUUCACAGAACAAUCCAGCCUCAGGAGUACCGCCAUCACCAGUAUUCUGACAUGGAGAUAUUCCUGAGGAGGUAUAACAGUGAAUACGCCAGCAUCACUCAUCUCUACUCCAUUGGCAAAUCGGUGGAAUCACGAGAGCUUUAUGCGAUGGCGAUAUCUGACAACCCGCGUGUCCAUGAGCCAGGUGAACCGGAGUUUAAGUACAUUGGGAACAUGCACGGUAAUGAAGUUGUAGGAAGAGAGCUGCUUUUAAACCUCAUUGAAUAUCUGUGCAAAAACUACGGUACUGACCCUGAAGUCACACAAUUGGUGAACACUACCAGAAUACACAUCAUGCCCUCCAUGAAUCCGGACGGAUAUGAGAAAGCACAAGAAGGGGACCGUGACGGGGUUGUUGGCAGAAACAACAGCAACAAUUAUGAUCUUAAUCGUAAUUUCCCAGACCAGUUCUUCCAAAUCACAGACCCUCCGCAGCUUGAGACUUUGGCUGUAAUGAGUUGGCUGAAAACCUAUCCGUUUGUCCUGUCUGCUAAUCUCCAUGGAGGUUCCCUUGUGGUUAAUUAUCCGUAUGAUGACGAUGAAAAGGGCUUGUCUAUGUACAGUAAAUCCCCAGAUGAUGUCGUCUUCCAACAAUUGGCUCUCUCCUAUUCCAAGGAAAACAUUAAGAUGUUCACGGGCAGUCCUUGUAAGGAGAUCUAUCCCAAUGAGAAUUUUCCUCAAGGAAUUACUAAUGGUGCAAACUGGUAUAAUGUCCCAGGAGGAAUGCAGGACUGGAACUAUCUGAAUACCAACUGCUUUGAAGUGACUAUUGAGUUGGGAUGUGUGAAAUAUCCGGUGGCCUCAGAGCUUCCCGCCUACUGGGAAAGCAACCACCGUUCCUUGCUGGAGUUCAUGCAGCAGGUACACAAGGGAAUCAAAGGAUUUGUGCUCGAUGCCACGGAUAGAAGAGGCAUUUUCAAUGCAACCGUCAGCAUAGCAGAUAUUAAUCAUCCGGUGACCUCUGACAAGGCUGGGGAUUACUGGAGAUUGCUGGUCCCAGGAACGUAUAAAGUCACGGCCUCUGCAAGAGGAUAUGUUCCUGUUACAAAAGUGGUGAAUGUGACAGAGGGAGACGCGGUGGUGACAAAUUUUACACUGGAUCGCUCUGGUGUAGAUUUACACAAAGAAGAUAAAAACAAAGUAUCGGUGGUAGAACCAGAAAAACCCGACCCCAACACACAGGAAUUUGAGACCCUAAUUAAGGAUCUUUCAGCUGAAAAUGGUCUUGAGCACCUGCUGCUGUCCACCUCCGGUGAUAUAGAUCUGUACCGCUAUAAGUCUUAUCACGACCUCUCUGAAUCACUGCGUGGACUGAAUCUCAACUACCCAAAAAUUACUAGACUGACUAGGUUGGGGCAGAGCGUUGAAUAUCGCUACAUAUGGUCUUUGGAAAUCUCAAAUAAACCAAACAUUUCUGAACCAGAGGAGCCAAAAAUCAGAUUUGUUGCCGGAGUCCAUGGAAAUGCACCAGUCGGCACAGAGCUGCUCUUGACUUUCGCUGAAUUUCUCUGCUUGAAUUAUAAAAAGAACAGCGCAAUUACAAAGCUUAUUGACCGAACAAGAAUUGUAAUUGUGCCUCUGGUUAACCCCGACGGACGAGAAAAAGCAACAGAGAAGGAUUGCACCUCAAAGAUUGGUCAGAACAAUGCCAAUGGCAAGGAUCUGGACACAGACUUUAUCAGUAACUCUUCUGGACCUGUUGAAGAGAGGGAGAAGGAGACUAAUGUCUUAAUUGACAGUUUAAUCUUGAAGCAAGAUUUCACGCUUUCUGUGGUUUUAGAUGGUGGCUCCCUGCUGGUUACAUACCCGUAUGAUAACCCAGUACACACAGUGGAGAAUAAAGACACCCUGAAACAUCUAGCUUCUGUCUAUGCAAAUAACCAUCCCACAAUUCAUCUGGGACACCCAGGAUGCCCAAACAAGUCUGAUGAGAACAUUCCCGGAGGAGUGAUCAGUGGUGCUGAAUGGAGAGGACAUCAAGGCAGCAUGAAGGAUUUCAGCGUAACUCAUGGUCAUUGCCCAGAGAUCACAGUCUACACAAGUUGCUGUCUAUUUCCUAGUUCUGGGCAGCUGAAGUCCCUGUGGACCGACAACAAAAAAGCACUUCUUGCCAUGCUGGUAGAGGUACAUAAAGGCGUACAUGGCAUUGUAAAGGAUGAGAAAGGAAAACCUGUGCCUAAAGCAACAAUUAUUUUCAAUGAAGGCGUGAAGGUGUACACUAAGGAGGGAGGAUACUUCCAUGUCCUGCUUGCACCAGGUUUCCAUAACAUUAACGCCAUUGCCGACGGCUUCCAGCAGCAGCACACACAGGUUCAUGUUCGGCACGAUGCAGCCAGCCUUGUAGAAAUAAUCUUUGUCAUGGAUAAUCGUAUAUUUGGACUGCCCAGAGAGUUGGUUGUAACCAUUGCAGGAGCCACAAUGACGGCUCUGCUGUUGACCGCCUGCAUCAUCUGGUGUGUGUGCUCAAUCAAGUCCAAUAGACACAAAGAUGGAUUCCACCGGUUGAGGCAGAACAAUGAUGACUAUGAGGAUGAGAUCCGCCUGAUGUCUGCCGGAUCAAAGAAAUCCCUCCUCAAUAAUGAAUUCCAGGAUGAAACGGACACAGAGGAAGAGACUCUAUAUACCAGCAAGCAUUAAAAAGACACAGUCCGGCCUGGACGAGUUGCUCCGAGCAGGAUACUCGCCACUCUUGGGAACAGUUCCUAGUUUGGCUGCAGCAACGUCCUGCAAUUUGUAACCGCACAUUUGCCAUUGACUUUUUCUUGAACUACUUUUGGUUUUUGUGUUAAGUGCUCUUUCAUUUUUACAAUAUUGUUGUGUUUGUGAAUGUCUGGAUCCCAUUUGUCUGCUAGCAAAAGAACGUAACAAUUAAGGAUCGCUUCUAAAGCCUUACCAGCUGAACAUUCUCAUCACACAGUUGCCCUCACCACCGGGGGUUAGGAUUUUUCUGCAAUACUUGGCGAGGUGCCCGCACUGGGCCUCUGUCCUUCUUUCUAUUCUAUAAUGUCAGAACAAGAACAAUGGGACUUUUGGGUGAACGUAUUUGGUAAGCUAUUGGGAUUUUGUAUUGACCAGAUUUUAUGUCUGCCAUUGAGGAAAGUAUGAAUGUGUUAGUUUUAUUUUAGUCGCAGAUGGUUUAGGUUCUCAAGGUUUUUCGUAAUGGGGUUCCGGAACAAAGAGUGUUUGUAAUUUAAUAUUCUUUUCUAGACCCUACAAUAAUGGAGGUGACGUUCCAGGUACAGCGGACUGCCCUCUUGUCAAUGAGCUGCUGACUGGUCAGCAAGUGUUCAUUUUCUUAUCUUUGGCCAUUUCUGCUAUCUUGGCAAUAAGCACAUUUUCCAAAUGUCUAUGAUCAUGCUUGCUCUUCAGUCCAUCGCACUACAUAGCAGUAACGUUUCGGCAAACCCUUCUCGUUUGCAUUCUCUAAUUAAAAAUCACUCUACAUGAUGCACUAAUAUUCCUCUUAUUGGAAUUGGAAAAUCUUCUCUUAAUGUAGAAGAGGAAAGUGUGGUCUGACGAAAGGAGAAAUCUGGUCAAAAUGAUCUUCUCAUAGGUGACAAGUCUUUGAUUUUUCCUUGAAUACAAGGCUCAGCCACCUCUGACUUCAGCUAUUGGGCAAGUACAACGUCCAAUGUGCACGCUUGGGAGUGGUAGUUUCACAACAGCCAGAGGUUGCUGACCCCUGAUUCAUUACCGCUACUGAUUUUCAGAAGGUAAAGGCUCUCUAGAACUUUCUAGGCCUCGCUCAGAGAUUUGUUAUUGAAAAUCUGACAACUUUCUAAGCAAAGGGCCUGAAAUGGAAAAAUCUGCUGUCUGAACUUGUAAUGUUGUCAGGAUUUCAGUAUCCUAUGUGGUGCCAAAAUGGUUUGAGCUCUCUGUAGAUCAGACUUCACCGAAUUGAUUUUUCUCGUAUACAUAAUCGUUUUGACCUGAUUUCUGCUUUAAGGGCUCAUGCACCCGAAUGUAUAUUCUUUCUGUGUCCGUUCCGUUUUUUUUUUUUUUUUCUUUUGCAGAGAGUAUACUGAACCAUUCAUUUCAAUGGGUUCGCCCAAAAAAAACGGAAG